AUGUCCCCAGCUAUCCUUAGGGACAUCGCAGAGCGCGCCGGCGGCAUUACCUCACAGCCCGACUACCCAGCUUUAUCAGCAGCUCUGGAGCUCCACCAGCGCAACGCAGGGUUUGCCCCUGUGCUGAGUGCAGCUGAGAUGCGCUUGCUGGCGCUUUACUCGCAGCAGAACGCACACCUUGCACUGCUGAGGCAAGGGCAGAUUGAGUUGUCAGACGCGCAGCGUCGGCUGGCAGCGGGCCUGUCUGCCAACCGCCAGCUGGUGGAGCUGGACCCCAGCGCCGGCGCCUGCUUGCACUGGAAGCGGGCCCACUCGGUAGAGAUGGUGGCAGCCCUUCGCCUGGUUGAGUUUCUCUUUUCUGGCGCCGCCGGACCGCGCUGGUCUGUGGAGGAGGUGCGCGGCCUGCUGGCGACCGCUAAGAGCGCACGGGCCAAGUGCAAGCCCUGGCUGCCGCUGGAAAUACAUGCCCAGUUUAGGCGCACGAUUGCUGACAGCAUCCACUUUGUGAACGAGGCGGCAGCGCAUGACCCCGGGCAGGAGAUGCUGCCGGCAGUGCGAGACGGACGCCUUGUGCGCCACCAACUCUCCAACCUACCCUCCUGCAGCGGCUGCGGGCAGCGGGUCAGCAGCCUGAAGAAAUGCUCCCGCUGCCACGUGGCGGCCUACUGCAGCCGCGCCUGCCAGGUGCAGCACUGGAAGAAGGGCGGGCACAAGCAGCAGUGCGCACAACUGGCGGCGGGCAGCGCUGGCGCUGGCAGCAGCAGCAGCAGGAGCUGA